AUGGUGCCGCUUUUCCGCAAAAAGCUGUCGGUUCGCAUUCCAAAGGCGCACUAUUACGAUGCGUCGGAGCCUGAUCAAAACGUGUACAGAAAUUUGAAAAUCACCGAAAGAAUGGCUCUGUUCGUGGUGAGCGCCGAGAAAAGUGCGACGGUUCUUCAAUAUUUAAUCGAUAAUCAGGUAUGCGGAGAAGACCAUUUAAAAAAGCAAUUAUUAAAGUUCAGUAUUUACACACCGAAGCGAUCACUCGAGACGACAAUCGGUGGUGUUUGGAGGGCGAGUGCAACGCGUUCGUUUUCGAGUCGAAUGUGGUCAACAAAACUUUAGGUACACUAGCGGAUAGUUAACUUUUUUCAACAACAAAAAAAUUAACGCAGGAAUCUACUCCCACACGGCCGACUUGCUUCAAAUUAUCGAAUACCGCGGAAGAUCGAUUUUCGCCGUUUCGACGGUUCACGGAGAAUUUAGCGUUCCACUGGUUAGACGAUGAUUUUGAGACAUUUUUUCAAAAAUAUAUAAAGUUCAGAUUCAACGUCUUCAAUGCGAAAACCGAUGCAAAGUGUUCUAUUGGUCGGAGCACGAGAUGUGCAUGAAACAGUGCAAGUUACGGUGAAUUUGGAAAAAAAACCUUCGAGAAAAUAUGCAGCCGAUUUUCAGUGUGACAUUCGAUCAAAUCGCAAUAACUUCGGAUUUGAAGCGAAAUUUCGAUUUUUUCAUUCAAUCCUCUGCUAUUCAGAACUUUCGACUCAAGUACAAAAAAUUUAUCGAUCAAUUUUAA